AUGCACAGGGCGCUGCUGAAGCCAGCGGGGCGCCUGGCGAGCUUUGAGCUGCUGGAGGAGCUGGAGGCCCAGAACACUGUGAGACGCUUUGGGCACCACUCUUGGGGCCAUUCGCUCUUUGAUGAGCACAAGGAGCUGGCAUUUGGCUGGCAGCGGGGUCUUUUGGGAGUUCGUUCUCCUCGUACGGAAGCUUACCGGAGACGCCGAUGCGGCGUGAAAGCUUCCGGCCAAGCGGUGCCCUUCGACGCCAACAGCGUCCACGUGUCCGACAUGUUGCUUUGCUAUCCCGAGGAGGGAGCGGUAUGCUCGGUUUCUCUGGUGGCAGAGCCUGCAACAUCCCCGACUGGGCAGAUCAUGACCAUCGCGCGUGAUGGAGACGGAACCUUGGAGAGAGUCUUUCUGGACAAUCAACUCCCAUGUGUGGGGCCUGUGGCCGCUGAGCUUGCGCAGGCACGGUUCGCCAAGGGCACUAAGCUCACCAUCAUGGAGCCGCUGCUCCUGGUUACCAGGGAUGGCCUGCGCGGCAUCGCAGUCAGGGCCGGCGAGGUCCGCGUGUCUUCGUUGGGACUUGACCCAGCCCAAGCGCGCGCUUUGGGCAACAAGGCGGUGGCAUCACAGCAAUACGCAGCAGCUGCCGAGUUUUACUGCCUUGGCCUCCAGCACUCGGAAAUGGAUAUGCUGGUGACGCUCCUUUCGAAUCGCUGUCAGGUGUGGCUUUGUCAGGCACAUCGAUGGCCAGGUUACGAUGAAGAGCAGGCAAAGGCAUGGGUUGGCAGACGUUGGCAGCAACUUUCCGCACGAGGAAGGGCACACUUGCGCCUGCAGCCUGAAGCGUUCCUGGAAUCCAAUGAGGUGGACCAUUUGAGGACGCCAGACAAAAACUCUUCACCCGGUAUUGUGGCUCUACUACUUCUCGCAGCACUGGCUCUUCUUGCCUUCCUUGCGUUCAAGGCUUUGCAGCACUGCCAGCUGAGACAGGAGCAGCUCAACGCAAAAGACGCGUCCUCUUUGAUAGAAGAUGCGCAGUCGAGCCAGCCGCCAGCAGCGCUUCAAAGCACGAGCAAGUGGGUGGAAGGACCUGGGAAGGAGGACGCUGGACAGGAGCUGGCAGCAGCUGAAGCAGGCAAAGCCGCAGCCAUUGCGUCAGGCAAAACUGAAGAGCUGGUAGAAGUUGAUUCUGCUGCGAAGGCUGCAAAGCUAGCCGAAGACGUGCGGGGCGAGGAGCAAGCGCAGAGUGCAAAAGAGCCGUCCUCUUUGAUGGAAGAUGUCACCGACGCGCAGUCGAGCCAGCCGCCAGCAGCGCUUCAAAGCACGAGCAAAUGGGUAGAGGUACCUGGGAAGGAGGACGCUGGACGAGAGCUGGCAGCAGCUGAAGCAGGCAAAGACAAAGCAAGUGUGGCAGUCAGAUCUGAAGAGCUGGUAGAAGUUGAUUCUGCUGACAAGGAGCAGGCACAGCGCGCAAAAGAGCCGUCCGCUUUGAUGGAAGAUGCCACCGACGCGCAGUCGAGCCAGCCGCCAGCAGCGCUUCAAAGCACGAGCGAGUGGGUAGAAGCACCUGAAACGGAGGACGCUGGACGAGAGCUGGCAGCAGCUGCAGCAGGCAAAACCGAAGCAAGUGCGGCAGGCAGUGCUGAAGAGCUGGUAGAAGUUGAUGCUGCGAAGGACUCGAACCGGCCAAGCCUUGGGGGCUGGCGUGCCCGCGGGCAACGUCUGGCGGCCAUGGCCAAGACCGAGAGCGACAGCGACGCGCCAAAAGGCAGCCUGGCGACGCCGGAGGCGCGGAAAAUGCGCCUAAAGGAGAUUGCUAAGAAAAUGGAGGAGGACACGCACGGCACGGAGUUCGACAUAGAUUUGGAGGACGGCAUCCUUGGAUUUAAGUUCACUCCAGGCGAACUUCGUGUGGAGCAGGUUAUGGAGGACUCCGCAUGUGCGAAGCAGGGCCUUUGUGCCGGAGACCAGCUGAUUCAAGUGGACCUGGAACCUGUGGAAAACUUGUCUUUGGAUCUGUCUGAAAAGCUGCAAACACGUCCUCUGCGCAUGCGCUUCCGCCGACCCGUUGCCCGCAGGGAGUGGGACCUGGGCACCGCGGGGGCUGUGAUGAGUGGCUUGAGCCGCUGGACCAAAAGUGCGAAGACGGCCGCGGAGGCCAUGAGGCAAAAGGAAAAGGAGCUCGAGGAGUUACAGGCCAAAGCAGAGGCCGAUUGGGAGGAUGGCGUCCCGGAAGAUGAGAAACGAGUCUUCCCCAGGCCGAAUAUACACAGGUACAAGUGGGUGCUUCGUACCUGCUUCGAGCACGACUGGGCCUUCAUCCGUCAAAAGCUUCUCCGUGAGGACAAUGUCUUUAGGGAAGAAGAAGUCGACGAGGUGGGCGAGUGCUUGAGGACCAAGUACAUGUGGGUAAUGCCAUUGUACAGAAAGACAUCGUCAGAGGAGACCAGUGAAGGUGGCUCCUGCCCCGAGAAUAUCAGCCAGUUUGGCGUGAGCAGGCGCUCGAUCAUGAAACUGUUGGGCCCGGAAGGCAUCAGCAUUGUGGACAAGAGCACGCUGACGCAGGCCAAAGUUGGUGAGGUCUACAAGAAGGCGAAUUACGCUCUUGCAGAGGAGACAGCUGGCUUUGCUGUGCGCUGUGACAACCUGCUAUCUCGACACCAGUUUGCAGAGCUCUUGGUGUGGAUUGCCAUUACCAAAUGGCCCAACGAACCAAAGGUGAAGUCAGUGGAAGAUAUCUUCCAGGAACUCUCAACCGUUUGCUCAAAGUACAGUGGUGACAUGAGGCUAUUGCUUGCGUCCGGAUCGGAUGACGCUGUCCAAGAGACCUUCGAGCAAAUCGAGUCUCAAACGUGGGCUGUAUUCACGACGAUGUCAUCGAUCCAUGAGAUUUCGUACGGCCACAAGAUGAUGACAUUGCAGGAUUGGCGGACUCUGCUGAAUCGGAUGAACAUUUUUGCAAUUUUUCCGGCCAUCAAGAGGAAGUAUGCAGCCUAUACCUUCCGCAUGGGUUUGGAGCCGCAGGCGGAUGAGCAGUACAAUAAGACCUGGCAAUUGAUGAGCUUUCUGGAAUUCCAACGCGCGCUGGGUGCAGUGAUGUUCCUGAGCGAGUUGCGAGUGAAGCAGGCCUUUCUGAAGACCAGGGACUUUGGCGCCGCAGCCUGCGAGGCCGCUGCCGUGCUGCAGGCGAGGCCUGGUGAGCCCAAAGCUGUGGCGCGCUAUGCGCAGGCCCUGCGAGGCCUGGGUACGGAGCGCUUAGCAGCCCGAGCAGAGGGAUCCCCAUACGAGGUUGAUCUGGCUGAAUGGCAGACGGUGACGGCGGCAGCGGCCAAGGCUGCAGCCAAGUUUGCUUUGGCAGGGUCGCCGCCGGUCGCCAUGGGCUCCAACCUGGCAGCAAAGCGAGCGGUGGACAGUGCGAAGGAAGCAGCCAAUGAAGAGUACAAGAAAGGGAACUACGUGGCAGCAAUCGAAGGCUAUACGCGCGCUCUCGGCUUUGAUCCUGUGCUGGAAGACGCCUCUGCCAUUCUCAGCAACUUAGCGCAUUGCAGGCUUUGGCUUGGCCAGCCGCACUGUGCGGUGGCUGCAGCAGCCACGUGCUUGCGCUUGCGGCCCCGCACUCUGGGCCUUAAGGCCUUGCGACGGCUGACGGCAGGCUUGGCGUGCCUAGGCCGGCCGGUCUACUUGGAAAGUUCUUAA